AUGAUCAUUCAUAAUCUUCACACCUCUACAAAACCUUCUUGCAAAAAAAAUUUUUUUAAAUCUCUCUCUCUCUUUCUCUUUUUCUCUCUUCUCUCUCUCUCUUUCUCUCUCUCUCUCUCUCUCUUUCUCUCUCUCUCUCUCUCUCUCUCUCUCUCUAACAUCAAUUUCUCCUCUCUUACCGAGAACAAUCCAAAUAGUUUCUUUUCGUCUUCUCCGUCGUCUGACAAUAGUAACAAACAUGGAUCUUUUUUAGUGAAACGACAUUCACCGAGGAACCUACCCUCUUAUCAACACCUUACGCCAUCUUUAAGAACCACGUCCGCUCCCCAUGACAUGUUAAUGGACUUUUUCAAGAGUGACGAACAUUUCCAGGAGUUUGAGCGGGAGUUUGCUAAUCUCGGUCGCGACUUCGAUGUGUUUAAUCGUCUGCGACGAGUCGAUGAUUAUGACGAGGAUGGCGACAGCAGUCGACCUGCAAGCAGAGGAAUCGAACCUAGCAGUUCCAGUUCUGGAUCUGCUGCGCCGAUUCCUAUCCAUGUCGAUUCGUCCAGAGGAAUCGAAUCAUCUGUCGGCUCUGGAUCUUGCACCCCUAUUCCCAUCCAUGUGGAUCACCGGCCGGGUGGAGGUAGCAGGGAACCAACACCCAGGACGGAGUUGAUGGUGCGUGCAGGUGACAGUGGGGCCGCAGAUAAUGAGGUCGGUGGUUUCUUCCAUGGAGGAGACGAUACAUUCUCAGACUUCUUUAACAACGACGAAGAUUUUAAAGAAUUCGAAAGGGAAUUUGCUAAUUUUAAAUUAAAGCGUCGGUCAAGGGCAUUUGCAGAUGAUUUCAAUCGUCGAUCCAAUUGUGAUUUAUUCGCAGAUCUUUUCCCCGGAUAUGAAGGCCAGUCGCCUCGGGAAAGACGGAGUCGCGGUUCCGCUAGUGAUUGGGAUUAUUUAUUCAAUAAAAUAAAACGCAACAGUAAUAUUUUCCCCGAAAAUACCCAGUGCUUGCCUGAAAGAGAUGCGGACGAACAGUCGCCUGUCUUUCCAGCUCAUAACGAAAACAUACCACCACCGCCUUACCAAGAACACCAAUCCGAAAACCAGCUUCGUACUCCAAGAAAAACCGUUGAAAUUGCAAUCCAACGCCGUCCACCCCUUCCUGCAUCGCCAGUCCGUCAUCUUUCACCUGAGGUGACCCGAAGUCCCGGAAUCAAGACAAAACCCUUGGAGUUAAAAAUUGAACAUGUUUCAUCUCCUUGCUCGUCCCCAACAUGUUCGUCAGUCUCUUCCCCAAGAACACCUACAGGUCCAUCGUUUGUCCCCAGGCCUCGAACAGAUAGCCCUCUUCUAUUGCACAUCAAUGAAGACGAAUUACGCGACUCUCCCCCUAUCAGACGGGUGUUACGAUUUACAGACGAUUUUGAUGAAAAUGGCGAUGAACCGACUACUCCAACAAACACAAACCAAACAGUGUUACACAUUGACGAACCCUCUACUACUAACAAUAAUUGCAAUGAUGAAGAUGUUGAGCGUAUUGUUAUUGAACAUCGCUUUUCCGAAGGGGUUUCAAAACCCACAACAACUAUCACACGGAGAACGAAGGGUUCCUCUUCCGAGAGGUCAGCCAGUCCGGCAUCCCCUCUCACCUCUUUUUUUCUCUCUCUCUCUCUCUUUUUUUUUCUUUCUCAUUCGAAAACGAUUUUUCUUUUCUUUAUAAUAUUGACUUAUUAUUUGUUAAUAAAACCAAACGAAUAA